AUGGUUUGGUCAGCUUUUGUUCAACGUGUAACCAUUACUGCAGCUCUCAUCGGGAUGCUUGGAGGGAUUGGUGCACAUAAGCUGAAGCAGUCAAGUGAUUCAUUGCGUUUGCGUGCGGUAUACAGGAGAAAGCAAGAAAUGGAUGAUUUUAUUCAUUGCAAGGAGGAAAGCAUAAAACGAGCGUCUCCUCCCUAA